UAGAGCGUGGCUUUAGAUCAGAAACACUUUUUGCUUGUGUGUUUGGCGAAGCAUUGCACAGAGGGCGGGAGGGGCAACGAUGAACCUCGAAUUGUUCAAGGCAGCAACUUUCGGCGACGCAAAAUUUGUUCGAGAAAUACCUGGAAUUGGCAACGCGUUCCUUUCCCAGGUGACCGUCGAUGGCAACUCGGCGCUGCACAUCGCCGCAAAGCACGGCCGCAUGGAGUUCGCCAUGUGCAUAUGCGCAAAGGAGCCUUCCCUCCUCACGCUGCCCAACAAGAUCGGAGACACACCCCUGCACUUGGCGUCAGCUUCUGGCCAUCUCAGGAUCGUCAACCUUUUCAUUCACGAACACAGGCUACUUAGGCAGCACCGCCCGCUGUCAUCUGGCGGCGUUGAGGAAGACGUAGACGUGGCGUGGAUGGCCACCACUGCCAACAGAAUUGGGAACACCGCUCUUCAUGCGGCGACCAUCGGUGGCCAUCUCUCUGUUGUGAAUCUGCUUCUGUCCGAGGCUCCCCAGCUGGCGACCAUGACCAACCGAGCUGGGGUUUCUGCGCUCUACAUGGCGGCGGAGAGGGGAUUGAUAGGGAUUGCGAGGAGAAUACUGAUGGAGUCUCCCGCAGUCUCGCACGAAGGGCCUCGUGGUCAGACGGCACUACACGCUGCUGUUCUUAGAAGCUACGAAAUAUCAAUGGCGAUACUAGGAAUCAAUCCUUUUUGUCUGACACAUCAAGAUGCCUCCAAAAGCACUCCGCUUCACUUUGCAACAGCCAGUGGAGAUGCUGUCAUGCUGCUGUUGCUUCUGCAACGAGAUGCCUCUGCAGGUUUCCUGCAGGACGAAGAAGGUUUAGCCAUCAUCCACAUCGCAGCAAGUGUUGGCAGCCUGAACAUGAUCAAGGAGAUAUUGGCAUAUUGUCCUGAUGCUUUGGAACAGAAGAACAACAAAGGAAGCAACUUUGUUCAUGUGGCCGUCGAGAAGAAGAAUCUAAAGGUAGUGAAGUACGUUCUCAGUUCUUCCUCCUCUGCCAAAGAGCUCCUCAAUGAACAAGACCAUGAAGGAAACACGCCUUUGCAUCUCGCCGUCCUUGCGAGGGAUCGGAAAAUGAUUCGAAUGUUGUUAUCCAGUCGAAUCGUGGACCCUGCCCUCACGAACAAUUCGGGUUUCACACCCAUCGACGUUGCUUCCUCAAAAGUCAGAAUAGAAGUCAGCCUUCGGAUGUAUAACAUCAUGACAGAUUUAAUCUCAUACGGCUCGCGUUUCAGUCCACAGCGAGUCGAUCACUUAAGAAACCACUUGCAGAGAAAGCAAGAUGAUGAAAUAAAUCGGUAUCGAGCAUUGGCCAAUAACCUUGCUGUUAUUGCGGUGCUCAUUGCGACAGUCACCUUUGCAGCCGCAUUCACCUUACCGGGAGGAUACAAGAAUGAUUCUGGAUCAGAUGAAGGGAUGGCCAUUCUAUCGAGCAAAACUUCUUUCAAGGCAUUCUUGAUCUCAGACACCUUAGCCAUGGCCAGCUCCAUCACAGUAGCACUCGUACUGAUCUACUCUGGUUCUCUAGAUCAUGAUGUCCGAUUGCAGUCCCUUAUGACCGCAAUCAAGCUAUUGUGGGUUGCAGUCGGUGCCAUGAGUGUGGCAUUCGUCACUGGUGUGUACGCUGUCGUCGAGCGCGACUGCAAGUGGGUUGCGGUUCUUGUCGCCCUAAUAGUUUGCAGUGUCCCUUUAGUUGCCUUUAUCAUUACUUAUGGGCAUUCUGCAGACUACUUGAGCAUGGUGAAGACACAGUUAAUUCCCUCAUUUGGCCACAAGGAGGAGCAGAUGGAUUUUGAUCCUGUAAAACUCAUUCGACAGGCAGAAAGGAAUGAUGAGUUCAUGGCCGGCACACCCAAUAUAAGGAGAUUACAAAUGAAGUUUGUUAAAUUUCAGACGGUUGAUGUCAUGGACUUUAUAACGCCAGUGUCAUCUUUGACAUAGCUACAUGAGGAUCAAAUUGUUUUUAAGAUUUCUCCAUUUCUUUUUUGUAGUGUGUGUGAAAAAUAAUAUGUUGUCAGACAAUCAUGUUUAAGACUUUUCUGUAUGUUCGUUUUGUAGUGUGUGCGGAACAAUAAUAU